GUCCCGCUCGCGUUUUCCCUCCCUCCUCGAAAAACCCUAGAAAUCCUCUCUCUCUCUCUCUCUAACUCGAAGCAGCACACUCUCUCUCUAAAACCUCAUCGGCGAGUCGAAACCCUAGAUCCGGCAACCGGCGAGGGAGGCGGAAGCCGAGGAGAGCCGCCGCAACAAUGUCGAUGUCGAAGAGCUCGAAGAUGCUGCAGUACAUCAACUACCGGAUGCGCGUCACCAUCCAGGACGGUCGCCAGCUCGUCGGCAAGUUCAUGGCCUUCGACCGCCACAUGAACCUCGUCCUCGGCGACUGCGAGGAGUUCCGCAAGCUCCCCCCGCCAAGGGCUCCCGCCGCCCCCCGCGCCGCCCCCCGGCGCCCCGCCGACCGCGAGGACCGCCGCACCCUCGGCCUCGUCCUCCUCCGCGGCGAGGAGGUCAUCUCCAUGACCGUCGAGGGGCCCCCUCCCCCCGACGAGUCCCGCGCCAAGUCCGCCUCCGCCGCCGCCGCCGCCGGCCCCGGCAUGGGCCGCGCCGCCGGCCGGGGCGUCCCCACCGCCCCGCUCGUGCAGGCGCAGCCCGGCCUGGCGGGCCCUGUCCGUGGGGUCGGUGGCCCGGCCCCGGGGAUGAUGCAGCCGCAGAUGUCGCGGCCGCCCAUGCCGCAGCUCUCAGCGCCGCCGGUGUCGUACCCUUCCGCCCCGGUUAUUCGGCCCCCGUCCCAGAUGCCGCCGCCCUUCCCCGGGCAGGGGCCGCCCCAGAUGGGUCGGGGACCCCCGGGGCCUAUGCCCCCUGGGCAGUUCCAACCCAGGCCGGGCGGUGUGCCUCCUCCACAGUUCCCCGUGCCUCCUCAGCAGUAUGGGCAACGGCCACCUAUGGCGCCACCGCCUCAGAUGAUGCGUGGGCCACCGGCUCCGCCGAGGCCUGGGAUGCCUGCCCCUCCCCCACCGCGCCCAGGGAUGCCUCCCCCACCUGGUGGUCAGGUGCCUGUUUAUGGGCCACCGCGUCCAGGAAUGCCGCCUCCGCCAAACGCACCUCAAUCUCAGCAGCCACCGCAGUGAUUUUGGGUUUUUACUCUUGGUGUGAAGGUCUUCAACCAGAUGUUCAUCUUCUCAUGCCGGCUCAAGGCUUUAAAGUCCUCUGAAUUGGCUUGGAUGUUUUAGCUUUUGCUAAGAUGGGCUUUGUUAAUUGCUGUCAGAUUAGCCUAGUAUCGAGCAUUGGACCUUUUGGCAAAUGCGGCUUGUAGUGGGAAUGUAAUGUUAACAAUCGGUAUAUAUAGACAUUUUUCGUAGAGUGCAGAGGAUUAAUUGAGUAAUUCCGAACAAGUUUUCUUGACAUGUUUCUAUGCUCCCUCGUUCCUUCAUACGACAAUCUUUAUUUUCAUUUUCUUUAAAGCAGUAUGUAUGAUUGUCGGUUUGAUA